AUGUUCAAUCUUCGGGUUCUCUGUCGAGAUCAGCCUCAACGCACAAUUGCGCUGGUAACUACCGAUCAUGCCUUGAUCUUCCACUAUAGCGCCGCCGGGACCGGGGCCAAGACCCCUCCACGCUGUCAGGUAGAAUUCGCAAAUAUCUCGUCCGUGGAUCUCGAUGGUUAUCGCUCUUUGGGAGCCGGGCAUGGAACUCUUGGUAUGAUCACGCUUGGCGAUGAUGUCUUCGUCUGUGUGGUCACCGGUUCUUCACAAGCGGCUUCUGUGAGGCCAGGAGAAUCUGUUUCGAGGAUCGAUAAUGUAGACUUCUAUUGCCUGAAUCGCUCGGAAUACGAGUAUGGUCUGGACUACGAAACCAACACUCAAUUCGCAGCCGAAGACCGCGAGGGAAAGGACAUGGUCACAGAACAUCCAUUCCUCGCUCUGAAAAAGCUUCUUGGCGACGGCAGCUUUUACUACAGUUUAGAUUUCAAUCUAACUGAUCGUCUGCAAGACCGCUCGGACAAAUCAGCCGCGUUUGAUAUUGACUCACUUGAUGAGGAUAUGCUGUGGAACUCAUACAUGAUAAACCCACUUCUUCUGUUUCGCAGCCAUUUGCCGCCUUCGGAGAAAGCCCAACUUGACGCGUCGCAGCUCUUGACUUGUGUGAUUCGAGGAUAUGCCAGUACCUUGAAGAUCCCUGCAACGGUCCCGAUUCUUCCACAAAUACGAAGCAAAUUUCCCUCUUUCCUAACCAUAAUUUCGCGACAAUCGUCACGACGAGCUGGAACGAGAUUCAACUCCCGUGGAAUUGAUGAUGAUGGCAAUGUGGCCAAUUUUGUCGAGACCGAAGUGACUCUUUGGGUCCCUCCAGGAAUCGCAUUCUCCUACGCACAAAUUCGAGGCUCAAUUCCAAUUUUCUGGGAACAGACUCCAGGCCUUAUUCCAGGCCAACAAAAGAUUGAAAUCACACGAUCAAGCGAGGCGACACAACAUGCUUUCAAUCAACACUUUGAAACUCUCGAACUGGCUUAUGGAGCAGUCCACGUGGUCAAUCUACUCAGCGAGACCCGAUCAGGAGAAGCGGAAUUGUCGGCUAAAUUUCGACAACAUAUUGCACGCAGCUCGGUUCGCCAAAAGGAGGAGGACUCGCAGGAGGGCUCGCUCAAACCCGAGCAUCAUAGCCUUCUCCGAGUGACGGAAUAUGAUUUUCUCGCAGAGACGCGUGGUCCUGCUGGUUAUGAAGCCAGUAGCGCGAUCAAAUAUGAGCUAGCAGACUCUCUAGACGGAUUUGCUUAUUUCCUCUCUGAGGAUACCACCCGUCCUGGAGAAGGUGGUGCGCCUGCUUCCUCUGUGAUCUUGCAGCAAGAUGGCGUCUUUCGAACGAAUUGCCUUGAUUGUCUGGACCGAACAAAUCUCGUCCAAACCAUAAUCAGUGCAAUGGCACUGGAAUCAUUCCUGUCUCAUCAGGGCUGCAGGCUUAGCUCGGAACUUUCAAUGCGACAUUCGACCCUGUGGGCCGACAAUGGCGACGCACUUUCGAAGAUUUAUGCUGGCACUGGAGCUCUCAAGUCAUCCUUUACCCGUCAUGGGAAGAUGUCUCUGGCCGGAGCUCUGGCGGAUGCACGAAAAAGUGCAACGCGGUUGUAUGUCAACAACUUCACUGAUAAAUCUAGGCAAAGAACUAUCGAUAUUCUUCUAGGCCGUCUGGCAAAUCAGAUCCCGGUUCACCUCUAUGACCCGAUGAACGAUCUCGUCACCGAAGAACUGAAUCGACGAGCUUCGGAAUAUUCAUCGACCAAAUAUACUCGGAUGUGGAUUGGCACGUUUAAUGUUAAUGGUCGAGAUGCGGGUCCGGGUGCUGAUCUUUCGCCAUGGCUGUUCCCUGAUACAAUGGAUUCCCAGGAAGAGCCUACGAUAUUUGCUGUGGGCUUUCAAGAAAUUGUGGAUUUGAGUCCACAGCAGAUCAUGUCUACGGAUCCGGGUACGCGAAAGGUUUGGGAGAGGGCUGUUCAAGACUGCUUGAAUCAACGCUCUAAAAUGAAUGGGACCAGCAAGUAUGUGCUAUUAAGGAGUGGGCAGCUUGUGGGCGCUGCUUUGAUGAUCUAUGUGAAAGCAGAUGCUUUGAAGGAUAUCAAGAAUGUUGAGGGCACCGUCAAAAAGACUGGCAUGUCUGGAAUUGCUGGAAAUAAAGGAGGCUGUGCCAUUCGCUUUGAAUACUCCAACACGAGCAUCUGCUUCGUGACAGCUCAUCUGGCAGCUGGGUUUGCAAACUACGACGAAAGAAAUAGAGACUACGAGACCAUUGAUCGAGGACUGCGGUUUCAGAAAAAUCGGGCUAUUGCCGAUCACGACACGGUUGUCUGGCUUGGAGAUUUCAAUUACCGCAUUGGUUUGGGUAAUCAGAUCGUGAGAGAUUUGAUAUCGCAGCGCGACUACCAGAAGCUCUAUGACAAUGAUCAGUUGAACCUACAAAUGAUCGCUGGCAGGGCCUUCCAGUUCUACUCAGAAGGACCUAUUGGAUUUGCGCCAACGUACAAGUAUGACAUUGGAACUGAUAUCUACGACACAUCCGAAAAAUCCCGCAUCCCAGCGUGGUGUGACCGCGUCCUCUGGCGCGGGUCCAACAUGCGCCAAACACAAUACAACGUCGCAGACUUGAGGAUAUCAGAUCACAGACCCGUCUUCGCAGGCUUCGAUUGCCAGGUUGAUGUUGUCGAUCACGGACUCAAGGAUUCCCUACGCCGUGAACUCUACGGGCAAAAGCAGCGCGAUGCACUCUCCGACUCGAUCAAUCUCUUGGAUCUGGAUGAUGAGGAGAAUAUGUCUCAGGGCCCUAUUGCCCCAGGUCUACCGCCGGCUAGUUCUGAUCGGAGUAAGUGGUGGCUAGAUAAAGAAGGCUUCGUGCCAAAUGGCCAACGUUCCUCAAAUCCGUUCAUAAAAGAUGCCGAGCCCGAUUGGAUACAGCAGCCGGAUAUUCGUCGAUCCAGUCAACUUGAUCGAAAACCCCCAGCUCCUCCCCCGCGACAGGCAACCGGAACAUUUGGAAAUGAAGCAUCAUCAUCACAAUCCCCUGUUGGCCGAAACCCGCCAGGUCUUCCCCCACGACAGGGAACCUUCGGUAGUGAAGUAUCAUUGUCAUCAUCAUCACAAUCCCCCAUCGAGAGAGAGAGAAACUCAACAGCUCCAAAACCACCACCUGCUGUUCCGCGCAAGCCGGUCAAGCUCAGCUCUCAGAAUAAGGUGCCGCAAGCAGGGGGGUCGAGUUCGUCACCAUCGACUCCAGCACGCAUGAACGGCGCAAGUACGACGAGCACGAUGGAUCUCCUUGGUGAUAGCACGAAUGAAUCUAUUGAGUGGAAGCCACUUCUUCCUCAGUAG